CACUUGUAGUGCGGCCAGACGCCAGCAGCAGCAGCAUCCAGCAGCGCAGGAGGAGGAGAGCUCCAGCUGGCCAUAUUGCACACCAGCUCCGCGCAAAUCGGCUGCGUCACAUCUAAGAAAACACGCACACGCAGCAAGGCUGGAACGAUAAGAGCCAAGACAUCCAGGGAAGCGCACUGGUUCGUGAUAACGCGACUCGGCUGAGCUGAGGAAAAAUGGUGAAGCUGGGAAAUAAUUUCGCCGAGAAAAACAACGGGAAGGCGGUAUCCGAGGACGGAUUUGACACCAUCCCUCUCAUCACACCGCUAGAUGCCAGCCAGCUGCAGUUCCCCCCACCUGAUAAGGUGGUUGUAAAGACAAAGGCAGAUUAUGAUGGUGAGAGCAAGAAAGGAAAGCUACGGUCCCCAAAAAUCGCAGAGUUCUCCAUAAGCAUCAUCGAAGGUGUCUCUGAGCGGCUCAAAGUGACCCUGCUGGUGAUCUGUGCCCUGGCGUUCCUGGUGUGUGUGGUGUUCCUGGUUGUCUAUAAGAUCUACCAGUAUGAGCAGCCGUGUCCCGACAGCUUCGUUUACGUGCAAGGCCGCUGCAUGCCGACCGGACUUUACGGCAACUAUCCCCCUCAGGGUCCCGGGGGCCGUGGCCGCCUCUUUACCCUCAUCAACCACUACAACAUGGCCAAGCAGACGAUCACUCGGUCGGUGUCUCCGUGGGUGACCAUCAUGUCUGAGGAGAAGGUAACCCAGCAAGAGAUGGAGACCGCCCAGAAGCUGGCCUAAACCUUGCUGGGAUUAGGAGGUGGCCUCGUGACCUUUGGUGAAGAAAAAAAUAAAUAAUACGGUUGUGCCAUUCAAGCAAACCUCGAGUCCAGUUGCUUUCUGUGGGUGAAAAAAAAAACAAAAAAACAAUUUAUCUUGCCUGAGGUGCUAUGCUGCCUUGUUGAUGUAGUUUGGUCAGCUGAUGUGUACAGUAGCUGGAAAUCUGUGGAAGUUUUGAGCAUGUUCUCAGCACAAUGAGGCUCAGUUUGGUGGAUUCACGAUUUGUUUGAAUAGCAUAUGUUAUUUAUUUAUUUACAUGGCAUAGCAUAGUGGCUGACAUGUAGAAAAAGGCCACAGAAACACACGCACACUGUCUUUGUACAUACACACAUAUAUAUAAAGAAACUCACUUUAGUACGGAGAUUGUGAGCCAUUCUGUGUCUGUGUCGCUUGUUUGAGCGCACGUGCACGCACGACUCGACUCCAGCAGCACUCGGUUUGCUUCGAGUCUCGUUUUCGAGUACUGACGACAGCAUUUUACACCUCUGUUGAUUUUCUCACCAAGCUAGUGGCGUAUUUCCUAUCGAUUUCAUCUGUGCAGAAACAUUUUAAUGUCAUGAUAUAGUGAAACGUUAAGCCUUGACCUAACAGAAACGUACCAGCAAAAGAAAUAUUUUAAACAGUGUUGUUUUGAGUCCUCUAAUAUGGACUUUUAAUGAUAGUUCCCAUUAUUCAUGGACUCCAUGUGCUUUUCGUUGAUGGCUAUGGUAUACCUUAUUACUUACUUUUCAUAGCACAACUUCAAUGAUGUAUUGAAUGUUUUUUGCGAAUGAAGACACUGUAAUAUGCAGAGCUUUCCAUUGAUUAAUGUCCCCACAGGUGGCGGUCCGCCGCCACCUGAAACUCGUUCUAGCCUGAUGUAGUGGAACAAUCUGACCGUAGUGGCUUGUCCUGUAGCUUUUUCUUUCUCCUCUCUGUAUUAGCCAUUUAACUUGAGCCGUCCCAAUAUAUGUACCUUUUUUCAAGCAAUGUGAUGACUACCAUUAAAGUGCAUUUGCUACAUGAAAAUGUUAAAUGAACAACUGAAAUAAAGUGCUUUCAUUUCAAA